AUGUUCAGCCGGGGUUGCGGGGUAAGCGCAAUGAGGUACCGCGACCUCGGCACAGAGCAGGAGAAGGAACAGGGGGUUGUCACAAACCGCGCGUUACGUCCGGAGGGCGCGCGGCGCGGGCCCGCGUGCGCCACUGCCCGGCAUUGUCCGACACUGGCGCUGUCCACGUGUCCAGAUAAUAGGAGUACAGGCAGAGUCUAUUGGACAGAGAGCGUGGGCCUAAAACUCAGAGAUGGCCCUAGUAUAUCUCCUUGCGGCAUCCCUGCUGUAAAGAUCAGUGGCGGCUUUAAACCCACUUUACGCGAGGGUGUGUUAAGCCCGCCGACAGCGGCCAGGCCCGGGAUGCUGCCUGCAAGCAGCCCUCCUCACUGCGAGGCCCACGUACGAAUGGGCUGCCCCUGCCACGCACUGCGUAUAUGUACUGAUGGAUUGACACUUGAAGACUCUGUAAAACUUCUGUCAAGUGUUGAUAACUUUCUAUUAUUACACAUACGAGCUGACACUCCUCAUAGAUUACUGCUUGAAACCAAAUAUAACACGACAUUAUUGACAGGUGUGAGUAGUGAACAGCUCGACAGUGAACAAAAAGUGUGCGAUAUGAUCGGAUCAUUCACGGGGCACGGGUCGCAGCCUCGUGGCCUGGCGCGCCGUGGACUGCCACCAGUUCCCACGGAUGGACGCUAUUCCAUUAUUUCACGGUCCAUGCGUCCGCGGCUGCGGUCUGAACAGCUACCCGGCCACUUACCGGCUUAG